ACUGCCGGUUCAGUGUUGGCUAUAUACGCAAUUUACGUUCAUGUAAUAUGUUGAUAACACGUAUCUAAGAUAGCCUAGAUUUUAAAUGACAACAGAGAAAAGGUAUGCAGCCGGGAACAGGGUAAUGUCGUAAAUAUGAUACGAAUUAUCAUGUAAACACAGCCUGAAACAGUUUUGACUUCAGUGUUAACAAAACCAACAUGAACGGUAUUUCCGUAGCCGUUUCUUCCCUAACACUCGCCAGCAGUUUCUUGUCCUGGUGUGGCUGUAUUUUGAUAUUCGGAACAUGGCUGUUUUUCAAAGACAUUCGGUCGUCAAGCAGACGCUUAUUAUUAUAUCUGGCACUGGCGGACUUUUUGAUAGCUCUAGGAAAUGCAUCAGGUGCAAUAAGGAGCUUAGGCCAAUCCAACGAUACGAACUCAUCUGCCGAAUCGCAAUGUGAAAAUCCUACAGCUUUUUGUAAGGCACAAAGUUUUAUAAUCACUUUUGGAAGCAUGUCGUCUUUCUUCUGGACGAUGAUUAUCGCGUGGCAGGUGCGUGAGACGAUAUUGCACGCGGAAAGGACGGGCUGGACGGAGCGCCACCAUUGGCUCUUGCACGUCAUUGCUUGGGGUAUUCCAGUGAUUAUACUUACAGUUACCCUGUCCUUGGAUAUGCUAGGUUAUCAAGAACUACCAACUGAUAAUUCAUCUAAUAGUACCAUCUCUGAUAAAAGUGUCUUUGGUACCACCGGCGGUUGGUGCUGGAUAAAGGUUUGUCAAAAUAAAACAGUGACACCUGUCGGAGAGGUUGUCACCUUGACGCUUUUGGCUGGAAAAGGCUGGGAGCUUGGAGCGAUGGUGGUACUUCCCCUCAUAUACUGCUCCAUGAAGAUCAAGCUUAGGAAAACGAUCAAACAGACCGGCUCUCUGUUCAUAGAUAGAGAAACUUUGAGCGCAGUAAAGAAGACGGACCGAGUGAUGACGGCGGUCCCUGUUGUGUUCUUUUUACUGCGACUGGCCGGCACUUUGAGGUAUUUAGCGAACACCAUUGUGUGGAUCGGCGAUAUAGAUCCACCGUCCUCCUUUAAUAUAUUUUUCAAUAAGGCGCUUGCAAUUUACCAGGCUGUAGGGGACAGCGGGCAAGGCUUUGGCAACUUUAUCAUCUAUUGUGUUCUAACUGAUAUAUUACGGGAACGAAUCUGCACCAAACUUGGCUUCUGCAAGAAAGACAUGUCUACGAAAAGGUACCAUAUUACGGCACCCUACGUAGACGAACUGGAUGACGGCAGUGAUAGACCCACAACCACCGAGAACAGCAGCGAUAGCGACUCAACGGAUAUGUAUAGUAGUGCUGCUGGAGAAACCACACCCAUUUUACGAGACAAGUCCUCCCAUACUUACACACCAACCAAUUAGAAUAAUGAUUGAAAUGACUGUGACUUCUACUGGGAAAACUACACCCAUAUAACGAUACAGCUCCUCUCACCAACCAAUUGAAAUGAUGAUGAAAAUGACUGUCACUUCUGCUGAGAAAACUACGCCCAUUUUACGAAACGACGUGCCUUUUACUUAAUACCAACCAAUUAAAGUAAUGAUGAAAAUGACUGACAUUCUGCUGAGAAAACCACCCCCAUUCGCGGCCUCUCGUUCAUAAAAAUUGGACCCCCAACUUCAAUUAAUUCUGGAUCCGCCCCUGCGGAUACGUCUUAAAGACAAGUUGAAUCAUUCCAGUGAUUGGUUUGGUAUAAAUGCCCGUAAGCACUUGUUUGUCAAAAAGUGAAGAUGGCGGCUUUGGAAACCAACUUUAACUUUAAC